AUGUCUCUUAGAGCUGAUACUUCUUCAUCAUCCUCCUCGUCUCAGAGGAAGAAUGCCUCUACCGGAGUUGAGUCGGAAGAUGGUCAUCGGAGGAGGAGAGCUGGCGGCUUUAACAUGAUAUGGAAGAAUAUACUUCCUGGAAAACCAUCUUUUUCCAAAAAGCGAAAGCUCUUUCGUGCCGAUACUUCUUCUCCAAUGCCCACUGAGGGUCCUCCUUUCCCCGUCUAUAUCUCAGAUGCAGCGCAAACCAUUCCUGCAAUGAAACAGGGCUUACUGUCGGACGACCCUGCUGCACAACUGGAAGCAACUACUCAGUUUGGAAAGCUACUGUCAGGGGGCCACAUCUAUCUAAUUGAUAAGGUGAAGCAGGCAGAUGUUGUCCCGCGGUUUGUGCAGUUUUUGACAAGGGAUGAUAUGCCCCAACUGCAGUCCAUGGCAGCAUGGACACUGACCAAUAUCGCGGCGGGAUUGUCUGAGCAUACAAAUACUGUGAUUGAACAUGGUGCUGUUCCUCUGCUUGUGCAGCUUCUGAGCUCUGGUUGUGAUGACGGCAAAGAACAGGCAUUAUGGGCAUUAGGUAAUAUUGCUGGCAAUUCCCUGACCGCAAGGGAUCUUGUUUUAAAUAAUGGUGCACUUUCUCCAUUAUUGUCUCUGUUGUGGAAUCCUUCUACAAAAAAAUCUACAUGGAGGAUUGCUAUAUGGGCUUUUGUCAACAUUAUUCGUGAAAAGCCUCCUCUAACUCUUGAGGAUCAGAUCUUACCAGCAUUGUCUGGCCUUCGGGAACUCUUAUUGAUGCCUGAUGAAUCAGUUCAACUAUAUGCAUGCUCUAUUCUCUACUGGCUUACUCAGGAUUGUUCAGACGAAAUGGUUCAAGCUAUCGUUGAGGGAAAUUUUUGCCCACGACUUGUAGAGUUACUACUGUAUCCGGAGUCAAAAGUUGUUGUGCCUGCUCUGCAGGUUCUAGGAGAAAUUGCUUCUGGUAAUGAUGCUCAGACUCAGGUUCUAAUUAACUGUGGAGCUCUCCGUUGUCUUAAAGAUCUUCUUACACAAAGUGAUAAAAUCAUCCUUGAAGAAGCUUGUUAUGUUAUUUUGAAUAUCGCAGGUGGGAAUAUUGCUCAAAAACAGGAUGUCAUUGAUGCUGAUCUUAUUAGUUCUCUUGUCCGUCUCACAAAGGCUGACUUUGACAUUAGGAAGGAGGCUCUGUGGGCUAUUUCUAAUGUCACUGAGGGAACUCAUGAGCAUAUUCGGUAA